ACGGUGGCCGGGCGGGCGGCGGGGCAGGGGCUGGGCAUGAGGCCGAGCGGCGACCGGCGCGCGGGCGGUGGCGGCGGCGGCGAUGAGCGACAUUGUGGAGAAGACGCUGACGGCACUGCCGGGACUCUUCCUGCAGAACCAGUCAACUGGCGGGCCCGGGGCUGCCAAGGCGUCCUUCUCCUCACGGCUGGGCGGUCUCGUCCGCGGCAUCACCGCGCUCACCUCCAAGCACGAGGAAGAGAAAUUAAUCCAGCAGGAACUGAAUAAUCUGAAAGCAACUGUUUCUGCUCCUACUACAACUCUGAAAAUGAUGAAGGAAUGUAUGGUGAGACUUAUUUAUUGUGAAAUGCUUGGAUAUGAUGCUUCCUUUGGCUAUAUACAUGCAAUUAAGUUGGCACAACAAGGGAACCUUUUAGAAAAAAGAGUAGGUUAUUUAGCUGUUUCUUUAUUUCUACAUGAAAAUCAUGAGCUGUUGCUUCUCCUUGUGAAUACAGUUGUAAAGGACUUGCAGAGCACAAACCUGGUAGAAGUAUGCAUGGCACUUACUAUCGUCAGCCAGAUUUUCCCUCGAGAAAUGAUUCCAGCUGUUCUUCCAUUAAUAGAAGAUAAACUUCAACAUUCUAAGGAGAUUAUACGAAGAAAAGCUGUCCUGGCGUUAUAUAAAUUCCACGUCAUCGCUCCUAAUCAAGUGCAGCAUAUCCAUAUUAAGUUUCGGAAAGCACUUUGUGACAGAGAUGUUGGGGUCAUGGCUGCUUCCUUGCACAUAUACCUUAAGAUGAUAAAGGAGAAUUCAUCUGCAUAUAAAGACUUGACUGGGAGUUUUGUAACAAUUUUGAAGCAAGUAGUUGGAGGAAAGCUUCCGGUAGAUUUCAAUUACCACAGCGUACCAGCACCGUGGUUACAGAUUCAGCUGUUGAGGAUACUAGGACUUCUAGGGAAAGAUGAUCAAAGGACAAGUGAACUAAUGUAUGAUGUUCUUGAUGAAUCCUUACGAAGAGCUGAGUUAAAUCACAAUGUCACAUAUGCUAUUCUGUUUGAAUGUGUGCAUACAGUUUAUUCUAUUUAUCCUAAAUCAGAAUUACUUGAGAAGGCUGCCAAGUGCAUUGGAAAAUUUGUUUUGUCACCUAAAAUAAAUCUCAAAUAUUUAGGACUGAAGGCUCUUACCUAUGUUAUCCAACAGGAUCCUACUCUGGCUCUUCAACACCAGAUGACAAUAAUUGAAUGCUUAGACCAUCCUGAUCCCAUUAUUAAAAGAGAGACUCUGGAACUUCUUUACAGAAUUACUAAUGCACAGAAUAUAACAGUGAUUGUCCAGAAGAUGCUUGAAUAUUUACAUCAAAGCAAAGAAGAAUAUAUUAUUGUCAAUUUGGUUGGCAAAAUAGCUGAGCUGGCUGAGAAAUAUGCUCCUGAUAAUGCGUGGUUUAUUCAGACAAUGAAUGCUGUGUUUUCAGUGGGAGGAGAUGUAAUGCAUCCUGAUAUUCCCAAUAACUUUCUCAGACUGUUAGCAGAAGGUUUUGAUGAUGAAACAGAAAAUCAACAAUUAAGGCUUUAUGCAGUUCAGUCUUAUCUCACUUUACUAGAUGUGGAAAAUGUGUUCUAUCCACAGAGGUUUCUUCAAGUUAUGAGCUGGGUGUUAGGGGAGUAUGCCUACCUCUUAGGUAAGGAAACACCAGAGGAAGUUAUAACCAAGCUCUACAGGUUACUUAUGAGUGACUCCAUUUCUUCAGAAACAAAAGCCUGGUUAAUUGCUGCUGUGACCAAAUUGACACCGCAAGCACACUCUUCUAAUAUAGUUGAGAGAUUAAUCCAGGAAUUUACCACAUCUUUGGAUACUUGUUUGAGACAGCAUGCGUUUGAAUUAAAACAUCUAAAUGAGAAUGUGGAAUUUAUGAAGAGCUUGCUUCCAGUUGAUAAGAGUUGUGAAGAUAUGGUGGUGGAUUCUUCGUUAUCUUUUCUGGAUGGUUUUGUGGCUGAAGAACUAAGUCAGGGGGCAGCACCUUAUAAACCUCACCACCAACGGCAAGAGGAAAAGCUUUCUCAGGAAAAAGUUCUCAAUUUUGAACCAUAUGGACUCUCCUUUUCUUCAUCUGGCUUCACUGGACGACAGUCUCCUGCUGGCAUUUCUCUUGGUUCAGAUGUGUCUGGAAAUAGUACCGAGACAGGGCUAAAAGAGACAAAUAGCUUAAAGCUGGAAGGUAUAAAGAAAUUGUGGGGGAAAGAGGGCUAUCUUCCCAAGAAGGGAAGCAAAACUGGUGAUGAAACUGAAGCACCACCUGUUCCUCAAGAAACUAUGAUAAUGGAAAAUGUAGAUCAAACUAUGACAAAAAAAGAUCAGUCUCAAGUCCCUACCCAAUCUAAAGAGGAGAAAGAAAAGCAGCUGCUGGCAUCAUCAUUAUUUGUUGGGCUAGGAUCAGAAAGUACAGUCAAUUUGCUAGGAAAAGUAGAUACUGUCUCUCACAAGUUCAGAAGAAAAUCAAAAGUCAAGGAAACGAAAAGUGGGGAAACAACCAGUACUCAUAAUAUGACAUGUUCUUCCUUUAGUUCUUCAUCAAAUAUGGCUUAUGAAGAAGAUUAUUAUUUGGAUAAUUUUCAGGAUAGAGGAGAUAAAGAAUUAAAGAAAAUUUCUCUUAAUUCAGAACUUUUGGAUUCUGAGUCACUCUCAGAACUGCCCUUGGUUGAGAAACUCUCAAAUUGCAGACUGUCUGCACCCUCUUUGUUUGCUGAUAACAUGGAAGUUUUUCACCCUCCUCAAUCCACUGCAGCCUCGGUUGCCAGUGAAAUCUCUUUAACUUCUUCUUUGUUGGAAGAAACCACUGAACACAUGCAUUCAGAUCCUACAGAAGUCUGUAAUAAUGAAACCAUAUCAGUGUCUUCCUACAAAAUUUGGAAAGAUGAUUGUUUGUUGAUGGUCUGGUCACUUUCGAAUAAGAGUGGUUUGGAACUGAAAAAUGCUAACUUAGAAAUUGCUCCUGUAGAAUAUUUCAAGAUCACUGAGCAACUUGAAUGCUGCUUGCCUGUAAUAGAAGCAGAAAGUACCCAAAACUUUCAAUAUAGUGUGCAGAUGGAAAAACCUUUUACAGAAGGGAAUCUUUCUGGUUUUAUAAGUUAUCAAAUGAUGGAUACACAUUCUGUUCAGCUGGAAUUUUCAGUAAAUUUAUCACUGUUAGAUUUCAUUAGACCAUUAAAAAUCUCAACUGAAGACUUUGGCAAACUCUGGUUAUCCUUCGCAAAUGAUGUGAAGCAAAAUUUAAAAAUGUCAGAAUCUCAAGCUGCUCUGCCUUCUACCCUGAAGACCCUGCAGCAGGAACUAAGACUUCAUGUUGUUGACAUUAUAGGCAAUGAAGGGCUAUUGGCUUGUCAGCUUCUCCCAACCAUCCCCUGCUUGCUGCAUUUCCGAGUUCACGGUGACAUACUAGCCCUGUGGUUCAGAUCCUCCUGCUCUACUCUUCCUGACUAUUUACUUUAUCAGUGUCAAAAGGUGAUGGAGGGAUCCUAGCAGAAGCUCUGCUUAUGUUUUACUCCAUCAAAAUAAAUGGUUUACAUAGAUAAACUUAUUUACCAAAGUAAAAAGAACUCACGGUACUUCUAAUGAAAAUGGGGAUUAUUACAAGUUGUGGUUUUAUGUAUUUUCUUUAUGGUUCCUGAUCAAGAAAGAUCCCCAAGAAGCUAUCUCCCUAACCUUCUACUCAGGAUUGUACAGUAUGUUUGGGUCCCCAAAAAGUGACCUAAGCUAAUGUUACAAACUGCUAAUGAUUUCUAUAUCACUUAGUAUAGAGGGACUGAAAAUAUUUAUUUUGUUACAAAUAAUUUUAUAGCAAAUUUACUGUAGUGCUAGCUGAUUUUUAGUAAAGCCAAGUCUCAGUUCUCUGCAUUAAUGGAGGGGAGACAUGGAACUGAUAAUCCCAAACCUAAUUCAUAUUUGGCUUUGGAAUGCAGUGUGUAUUCUCUGGUAGGCAAGUGAUUACUUUGAAUUAUGUUUUGUUUAGAUCAGUGUUGAACUAAAUUGGCACAGCACACACUGACAGUUCAGGAGAGCUAUGAGCAUGUUGGUUAUUGGGAGGAUCCAAUCUGUGAUAUAGUUUUUGUUGUAACUUGUUACAAAUAAUUGCAGAUAAUUUGGUUACAAAAUUUGUUCUCCAUUUGUGUUUAUUUUUAGAAUUCUAAGUGAACCACUGUAUUCUUGUUUUAAAAACUCAGAGCCAUUUACAAAAUAUUAUCAUAUAGAAACAAAACCUGUAAGAGCACACAGUACUAAAGUAAACAGAUAUAAAAGGACUUUUUAGUUAUGGUUAGAGCAUGGAUCGAUCCUCAGGUGCCUGUCAUAUCCCCUGCUUUCGUCCUAGCCUGACCAGAGCAUUCAGAGCAGUGUUUUGUUUCUAUAUUGCCUUUCCUCAAGAUGCAAGAAACAUGGUGGUCUGGGUUGAAGACAGAAAUACCACUGAGACAUCUAUGCAUCUCAGUACAAACACUACUGGAACGUAACAAAAGUAGACAACGUACUGGGAGUGCACAUCUACAACAGAGAUAUAUCCAUCAGUCAUUCGAUCUUUGCUGAGUACCUAGUACAUUUCAGCCCUAAGAUGAAAUUCUGGAGGGCAGUGGGCUGGUCUAUGGAGGCUGAAAGGUCUAUGAGAAGGGGUCAUGUGAACACUCAGUGAAAAGGUGGCCAUCUGCGACCCUAGAGAACUCUCACUGGAACCUGACCAUCCUGGCACCUUGAUCUCAGACUUCCAGCCUCCUGAACUAGCCCUGAGUUGCUGUGUAAGAAUUCCAACUACCUUGAGGACUCCAUGCAGUGAGGAAGCCUUGGCCAUGUGAAGAGGCAGUGUGUGAGCUCUCCUGUCCCAGCCAAUAACCAGAUCAACCACCAGACUUGAAAAUAUUGUUGCUUCUUCAAGGAGGCUCCCCGGAAGACCUCUCCGAUGUUGGCCACAGCCGUGGGUGAGGUUUCUGUCACACACACCAGUGUGGCAGCCCUCUUGUUUCUGGGCACUGUUACACGGAGAGGUAUUUGCCAUUUCUCCCCACAUAUGGAUGGAAACUAGAGAAAUGCCUUCUUGGUAUUGGAAUGAUUCCUCUCAAUGGAUUCAGCCAGGAGAUGGGGAGGUGAUUUCAAGCACCAGAGAGAAGAAACCCUGACCUGUGGGCAAGAACUCCAUCCAAGCCCUAGCCACCUGCUGUGGUUUAUCUGGCUAUUAGCAUCCCAUGGAACAAGUGCCUGUGGAAUGGCCAGUGGGAAAUCCGAACCUUGGUUUUGAGCAGAGAAAUGACGUGGUCUGACUGGUGUUUCAGGAAGGGAAUUCCGGUCUCAGCUUGAGGGAUGGUUUGUAAAGUAACUCCAUAUAGAGGUUGGACACAUGGAUCUGGGAUUGAUUUCACCUUUAAGAAGGUUAUCAUCUAACAUGCACCCCAAUGCUCCUGGCAGCACCAUUUACAAUAGCCAAGACAUGGAAGCAACCUAAAUAUCCAUCGACAGAUCAAUGGAUAAAGAAGAUGUGGUGUUUACAUACAAUGGAAUACUAUUCAGCCACAAAAAGAAUGAAAUAAUGCCAUUUGCAGCAACAUGGAUGGAUCUAGAGAUUCUCAUACUAAGUGAAAUGAAUCAAACAGAAAAAGACAAGUAUCAUACGAUAUAUGUAAUCUAAAAUAUGAUACAAAACAGAAACAGACUCACAAACAUAGGAAACAAACUUAUGGUUACCAAAGGGGAUGGGGGAUGAGGAAUAAAUUGAGUUUGGGAUUAGCAGAUACAAACUACUAUAUAUAAAAUUAAUAAAAAACAAGAUCCUACUGUAUAGCACAGGGAACUAUAUCCUGUAAUAAACCAUAAUCGAAAAGAAUAUGAAAGAGUAUGUGUGUGUGUGUGUGUGUGUGUGUGUGUGUGUGUAUGUAUGUGUGUGUGUAUAUAUAUAUAUAUAUAUAAGCUGAAUCACUUUGCUGUACACCAGAAACUAACACAACAUUGUAAAUCAACUAUACUUCAAUAAAAAAUUUAAAAAUUAGCAGGAUCAAAAUGGAGUAGUAAAAAUGGCAAGACCAAAUCAUCUCUGCUUAUUUUUGGAAUUUUGCAUUUUUAAUAAAA